GAUACUACUAAUCACUUGGCUAUCUAGACUCUAGAUGUAGUCCAGUUUCAUUUAUAUAUUUAAUUAGUGAGCUUUUUUCUUGUUUAAUGCCAAAAUUAUAAAUAUAAGAAUAUUACUUUUAAAUGGGGCACUAGUUUCAAUCAGUUUAAAAAGAUGCCCAUUGUGGGUAAUCGAUUUUGAUGGGUAUGCAAAGUUUUAAAAUGUAAACAAAUACUCUCUUAUAGAGUCUAGUUAUACUAAUAGUAGAUCUAGAUUUUAUACUUAUUGAUCUAGUAUAGAGAUCUAAUUAAUUUCUAAUUUAUCAUACACAAAUUUAUUUUAAAAUCACACACUACAAUGAAGUGCUUUUUGGUAGUUAAUCAAUUGAAUGAUCCAUUGUACAUAGACUAUGAUUCGUACUUCGCAAAUUAUAUAAUUCUACGGGCAAAAGAAAAAGGUUUAUUGGAGAAUGAGUCCAUUGUCAAAAAACUGGAUGCCAAUUUGGUCAUGCAAAUCUUUUCCCCCCUUGUACUUUCUCAGUGGCUACUGAUUGAUCAAACAAAAGAACCGUGCUCAACAAUAGUUUGUCCUAAUGGUUUCCUCUUUGUUUUUAAACAAAUGGAUGAUCUUUUGUUUCUGACUAUUAAUGGAGAUGGAAGUGAAACUGAAGCAUCUCUACAGCGCAAAGUGGAGGUUUUUAUGACAUUGAUGAAAUUUAUAUUUGGUCCAGUUUCUGAAGAGAUGGGCCAGUCUCAUUUUUAUAGCAGGAAAGCUAAAUGGAACUUUCUUCAAGAGAUCAUGAAAAGUUGGGAAUCCAUGGUCCAGUCUGAGCAGGCAUUUCUAGUGGAGGCUAUUGAGAGGCUUCAUGUCAAUCAAGAGGUUAAUCAAAAGUGUAUAGAGAUUCUGGAAAAAACAGUCAAACAGCUUCAGAUCUCUAAAGAACAAACUAUUAAUCAUGCAGUUUUGCUUGUAAAUAGUAAACUUUUGGCUCUAUAUUCAAACCGUGGUGCUAAUGAACUCAAAUCGAAGGACAUCUUAUCCUUGACGAUUCUGGCUAAAACUAUUUAUCCUUAUUCAGAGAAUAUUGAAGAUCUCUUUUCUAUUCAUUAUACUGGUGGGAAGACAAAGUCCAAAGCAACAGAUGAAGACUAUAGUGAUGGUGGAGAAGAUGAGUACCACAGUGCUCCUAAUACACCAGGUGGCCAUAGAUCAAGAUCCCCCUCCAUUGUAGUAGAUAGUGAGUAUCACAAUUCUCAGGCAGCAGGCCUUCCUUCUGGACAAUCUGAAUCCUUUCACAGAGAUUCUCUUACACAUUCCUCAUUAUCACGUUCUGGAACCAUAAAAAAUUCCAACCAUGACUCUUAUAAAAAAUUAGAAUAUUCUGAUGAACCAUCACUACUAGAAAUGUAUUCAGAGAAAUACCCAGACACUGUGUUCAAAAGUAUCAAAUCUGAGUCUGACACACAAAUACUUGCUCAAUCAAGUCAUGAACAAGGGAUGGUUCAAACUUUUGCUGAAGUUUAUGAUGAUCAAAAAAAUAGAUACUUAGCUCAGACUUCAGAGAGUUCCACAUCCAACGUAAUCCUCUCUAAUAAAAUCAAAAUUGAAAAUUUGAGGGAAACUGAUUCAACAAGACAUGUCCAUAGUGAACAUUCAAACAGCAAUAUUCAGAACACAGCCAGUGCACUUGUCGGAGAAUCUGAGCUCCAAGAUGAAUCGUCACCCCAUAGUUUAGGUGCAGUCAAUAUGUUAAGAGACAAUCAAAAUGACAAUGUAGUUUUGACUAGCAUUAUUCACAAUGAGGUAGCGACAUCUACAACCACUGUUAAGGCCGUGGAGCAGCUGUCUGUCAGAGAAGAUAAUAAGUUUGACCAAUCAGCAGCAUCAAGCCGCUCUUCAUCUGCAGGUAUUGGUGGAAAAAACUCCAGGUCAUCCACAUUGUCUUUUGAGCCAAACAUUGACACAUUUACCCCAUCUCGUACCAGCUCAGUUUUAUCAAAUCUGAGUAAGAGUUAUCCUGAGCUUUCACCAAACGAUGGACAAGGAUUUAUGUUCAGUGAGGAAGACCAGUAUCCUUCGAAAGAAGAUGUCCCAGAUAGUACAAGACAGCCAAAAAAACAAAUCACUCCAGCUAAUUUGAAUCACAGCAGCCAAUUGCCAGGACCUUCAUUAUCUCUCCUGGAAGAGACUAUAGGCAGCAAAUCUAGCUUUAAUAGCUACUGGCCACAAUCUGUCUUCCUGGAUACACAUACAUGUCCAUACUCUCCUUACAACCUGCAUUGUCUUCAAGUAUUACCUGGUGUAACUUUGAUACUUCUGUCUCAGGCACCGAAGCAUCAACUAGCUGAAUCUAUUUUUCCAGCCAUUAACCAUCUCCAGGAUCUCCUUUAUAAGCACCGUAUUAGAUAUUCUCGUACAAGAGGUAGCCAGGUGUAUGAAUUCAUCCAUUCAUUUUUGACAAAACUGCAUAGCAACUUAAAAAAAAUUAAGGGAAGAAUUUCUUCACUCAGUUUUGAUCUUCACAGUCGAUGGGAGAAAGAUGACUUAAAACGUAAACUGACAGAUUAUCUAGAAAAAGACCUUCAAGCUCCUAUAACUAAAGAACUUGAGUCACAGCUGCUAGAAGUCUAUAAGAAACUGAAAGAACUUUUUUCUCACCUGUUUUUGACACCUCAGCACUAUUCUCCCCAACUGGUAGAUGCAUUAUCACAAGUUAGAAUAGCUAUUAGUAAAGAUUUACAAGACUAUCGAGAAUAUCUGAACGUAAAGGCUCAAAGAAACAUUACCAUGACCAGUUAUAUUGAUGAGUUUCCUGGUCUCAUUCACUUUAUCUUUGUUGAUCGUCUAUUUCAUCAAAUGAGUGCUCCAUCACUAAAUAUAUCCUUGAACUUGGGAGAAAACACUGAUGCCACUAGCUUCUUGAAAGAAAAGAUCUGGUCAAUGUAUCAACAUGUGAUGUGCAAAUUAACAGAAGGCUACACCACUGUACUUUUAAGAGAGGGGGAUUUCUAUUUCUCUUACUUUUUGUGGUUUGAAGAUUAUCUGGGAAAUCCAUUGCCAGUACAAGAAAGUUUUAAACCAUCUUCCAAGUUUUCAUUCCCUGGCAUAUUAAGUGGAUCUUUCUAUAGAGCUCUGCUGACAUUCUGCUUCCCUCAUGCCAUCCAGAACUCUGUCCACUGUUUGGAAAUGUUCUUGAUACACCUGGGAACAGUUCAUCCAGAGUAUAUCUCAGCACACUGUAAAAGGUUAGCUCACAAAAUGCGGGAGAUGACUGGUGAAACGUACAAACCUGUAAGUCUUUUGUAAGAUAUUGAAAGAGAUUCUAGUCAAGUCGAAAGACAGAGGAAUGGAAAAAGAGGGUCAACAGAUCAUAGGUGAUGCUCUAACAGUCCAACAGACUAAGGGAUAGUGAAGGUUAAUGGUGGUGAAGCUGCUAUUUUAUUUAUUAAAAAAAAAUACUUCCUUCAGGGGUGCCACAUAUUUUUCAAUAAACCUAGAAUUCCAACUUUCAAAGUUAAGAAAUCUUGAAAUAUAAAUAUAUAAACAUUAAAUUUAAAAUGUAGAAUGUAUUAGCUGACAUUUUUUUAUUCAGAAUUUUAUGAGAAAGUGAACAAUAUCACUUACGUACCUUAAACUGCCUUUUGGGGAAAUACCAAAAAUAAAGGUUUGCUAGAGCUUGUAGUUUUUCACAAAUGGCCGUUGUUAGGUUGCAAAUCUUUCAAAAAAAUUUCUUAUUGAGCAUCUAGGAUGUAAAAGGAACCUGUGUACGAAAUGUGAUGCAGAUACAUACAACAGUUUAAGAGAUCUAAUAAUCAAUGAAUGUGUCAGUCAGUCAGUGGUAUUUUACAAAUACAUAAUAGAUAAAAUAAACAUUUAAUAUGUAUCUUUAUCUAUAUGGUAUUCAGCUGAAAAUGUAUAUAACAUUUUAUUUGUAGAAGUUAUUGAUGAAGACUGAAUCGAGAUUCGUUGAAUUGCAGAUGUGACUUGAUGGGCUUUAAUAAUUGAUGAGAUGAGGUUGUACUAAGAAUUGAGUUUCUUGAUGUGUAGACUGAGGUAUAAUAGUGGAAUUAGUCAAUUUUGUUUUGCUCUAGUGUUUCUCUAUGACUUGGCCAUUUAUUUUAUUGAUGUUUAUCCUUAAGCUUUACAUGGGCUUUAAAUAAUUCCUGUAAAUCAUCUUAGUUUGGUAACAUUUUUUAUGCAAUUCAUUAUAUUUCCAGCAACUGACCAGUACAUAUUGAGAGUAGGCAGGCCAUUAAAUUUGACCUGAAGAUUUAACUUAAGGUCAAUGGUUUUGAAAUAGAUAAGAUAAUUUUAUUGAUCCAAUCUAAUGGAAAUUCAGUUUGACUACAAUUGACAAGCUCAGCGAAACUACUGUAUAAAAACAAUAUUGAUUAAAAAUUCGAACAACAUUCACACACGAAAUACACAUUCACAACCAGCGCUUUAUGAAUUUGACUUCUAUGUACCUCUCGAUGGUGACAGCUGAUCUUGUAACACUCUGACCGAAAGUGGGAUAAAGGAGUUUUUAAAUCUUUCAGUUUUAGUCCUAAAGGAAAGGAGAUGACCACUUCAUUCAGAUCUUAUGUAACAGUGGUUUAAUGGGUGCAGGUUGACUUUAAGAAUCAAUGUUCAUCUAAAAAAAAGUCAUUGCCAAAUAUCAAAAUAUUUUAUAUUUAUAGGCUGUUGUGUAAUAUAGAUCUUUAAUUGAAUGUCCAAAAAAUUUGACUCAAGACCUACAAACAGUUAUUUUCUUGCUUCAUUCUAAGGUGCUUGUGGUGAAGUGACGCUAUCUUUUAGCUAAUGACCACUGUCAUCUUCAUUGUUUUUAACAAUGAAGCCCAAUGCAUCUUUACUAUUUUAAGUUCUAUUAUUUUAGCAAUGAACUUCUAAGCUCAUGAAAUAGAUAUAUAAAAUUAAUUCAAAUCAUAGGUAACCAAGAUUUGAAUAAAUUUCAGCUCUAAACCUGUUAUUUCAGAAAAGUGGCACCCCUGUUUAGUAUUUGCCAAUGUCUAAAAAUCUGUUAUAUAUAACAAUGUUAUGCCUUUAAAGUCUGUGAUUUUUUUUAAUUAUGAUAUUAUAAGCAAUGUCAAUGUGAAAUAAAUGAUUUAUGUAAUUGUUUUAUAAAAUAAAUAAAAAGAUCUAAUAAUUUCUGACAUUUUAUACUUUCUGUAAACUGACAUCAUAUUUUACAAUGGUCAUUGGGUUAAACAUUGUCCUGAUCUCAAAUGCAAAAGUUAUCAAGGAUUUGUUUUUUAGAAAAUUAAUUUGUAUUUAACAAACCAUGUAUAAUUUCUGCAUCAGAAAAGGAAAUCAGAAAUUAUUUUAUAACCAGAUUUUUUUCUCUCACUAAUCCUCACAGCUGUCAGCAGCCAAUAAAAUCAGCUACCAAUUUGCACUUAUAGUGGUGACAAAUUAUUUCAGUGUCAUUGAUUGACAUUGAUGGAUUGUUUUGUCAAUUCAUGUUUCUGUUAUAGACAUUUUUACCAAAGCUACCAUGUAAUCAUCUUACUAUUGGUAGAUUAAACUUUGUAGAAAAAAUUAUUUUUAGGUUAGUCUUCUUUCUUUAGUUUGUUUAUCUAGUUUGUUUUACAGGUUUCAUGUGCUUCUACAGACAAGAAGAUUGUUCUGUCCUGUUACCUCCUGCAGGAUGGCAGCGGGCAGGGUUCAAACUCAUAACCUUCAUGACAAUCUAGAACUCAUACCACAUGACCAAACAGCCAACCUCAAAUAGAAAUAUAAUCAUAAAAACAUAAUGCUACAUUCAAGUCUAGUCUUGAUCUAGGCAUCAGAUUUGAUUAGAGAAAAAAAUUAUGAUGUUGAUUUUGUUUCUUUAAAUAUGAACAAAUAAGUUAUUUUAAUUUUAUGUUAUUGUUAUGAACUAUCAUUCAUGGUGAAUACAAAUGUUUGCUCAAAGCUUGCCUAUUGAUUCUUGUCAUUCUUUAUUUCAGUAACUCCAAUAUUGUUUUUUUUUAAUUUGACUUCUUAUUCAACUUUCAGGCUAUAUAUUGUUAAAAAGGAAAUUGGAUACACUUUCAUAAUAUACAAAAUUUAAAAGACAAAUAUUAGUUGGCAUUAAUCUGGGGUGCUAUGGGGAGUAAUAUUUAAGUCCUAGUAAGACUAGGUUGGAUCAAACAUGCUGCAAUUACUAUUAUUAUGAUUACAGAACAGUAACUUCAAACUGGUCUUCUAACCUGUGACACAAGAUUGCUACAACAAAAGGAGGAAAAGUAUAGAUAUAUUUUUUUUUCCGAUUAUGUCUUGUUCAUUAUUCUUUUUAUGGUUGAGUUGUCAUAUUGAAGUGAAAAAGUGAAUCAUUAAAAAAAUAAAUGACAUUGCCCACUUUGGGUACAUCAGAACAAAAUAAAUUAUCUUCAAUAUUUGCAACAAACUACAGAAGCAGAUUGUUGUUUUUAAAAAAGGAAACCAUCUGUUUCAUGGAUUGUCUGCUCUUUUCAAUGGAAAAUGUUCAAGUAAUAAGAGCUUUUUUUUAUCCAAAGGGAGGAAACUAUUAGUUUGAACAAGUAGUGUUUUUUUUUGUAAUUGUUCUAUUUCUAGCUAUUUGUGUAAGUAUUGAAUACUAUCAUGUAAAAUUAUACCUAGUUUCCAGACUUAUUGUAUACUGUUGACACUUUCCUGUAGCUUUAGCUGCUAGGUGAAUAAAGGUGCAAUAUGUCAUGAGACUUGUAGAUAUUUUAUCAGCUAUUUUUUUGUUUGUUAAAUUGUCUGCAUAUAUUCUGCUCACACACAAGUAACUGUAAUGCAUGUAAUUGCUAAACUUUUUAAAAUAUGAUGUUUACGGUUGUUUCAAAGUAAAACAUUUGUAGAAGGUGACAAAAUAAAAGCAAUGAAAAGAUAAAAUUGUUGUUUGUUAUGCAUUUAUUAUACAGAUAAAUGAUAUUUAAAAACAAAGUAUUAUAUAUGUGUAUAUAAUUUGAAUCCUCUAUGAAAACAUUUAGACAUGAUCUCAGUAAUAAAAUUUUUAAAAAAUCCCAAAUUUGUACAUUUUGUUAUAUGAAUGAAAUCGCUAGCUGCUUCUUAAAAUAAAUUAAAAAGUAAAAAAAAAAAAAAAGUAAA